GUUAGAGGGUUUGUAACAGUUCUCCUUACUAUUUCGUGUCCGUUGCUUCAUAACUCUGUUCUCUACUAGCACAGGAGUGACUACUGCCUCCAUUGCUCUCUUCAUUCACUCUUCACUCUGAUCGAUACAACCACCCACACCCUGAUUCUUAAGCCACUCCGUAGAUCUAAGGCCCAACUUACCUCUCUCGAACUUCGGCUUCAGUUAAGCAUUCUCUUCGUUUUAUGCUUUUUAUAUCAUUUUAGUACGACUAUUUUUUUGUUUGCUUUGCUGAUGCGUGAAUCCACUUGCUUGUUAGGAUCUAACCAUACUGAAGUUGAGUGAAGUGAUUUUAACUUACUGGACCUUUUGUUGCGGUUUGAUUUUUCUCCAUUUGCAUGUCACUAGACUGGCAAGUGUAGUUUGAGAGAUGAAGCUUUCUUUAUGCUUUUGUUGUUUGUCUCGGGCUUUACGCCUUUAGUUAUCUGCUUUAUGAUUGAGUUAGAGAUGAGGUGAUGAGAUGAACUUAGCAUUCAAUAUGGACUGGUUUUUCUUUUGUUACGAGUUAGGGUGUGAGUAGUUUGUGUGACUGUUCAACUUGAAUGAUUCAAGUUCCAUCUUUUCCUGUUUAUUUAGCACUAUAUUGAGCAUUUGAGCUUAAUAUGCUAGAGAAUGAAAAAGUGUUGAUUAGAAAUUUGUUCAAUUUCUUGGUUAGGUGAUUUAUAGCUUUCACCUCAUACAGAUAUGUACGUAGUAUAUGAAUAACUAUUUGGAUCAUCUCUCAGGCUUGAUCCGAAGUGACAGAAAAUGGCCGCGAUGGAUGUUCAAAAUCGCUGUCUUGGAGAAGCAACAUGUGGGUCAUUGUUGCAGCAACUGCAGGAAAUAUGGGAUGAGGUUGGCGAAAGUGAUGAAGAGCGGGACAGGAAGCUUCUCCAGUUGCAGCAAGAAUGUUUGGCUGUUUACAAGAGAAAGGUUGACCAGGCUAUGAAUACAAGGGCUCAACUCCUUCAGGCACUAGCAGAUGCCACCGCGGAACUUACAAAGCUUGAAUCAGCACUUGGGGAGAAUUCAUCUGUUGGAAUUCCAGAGAAGACAUCAGGAACAAUCAAGGAACAACUUUUGUCUAUAAAUCCUGCACUAGAAAAGUUAUGGGUGCUGAAAGAGGAGAGGGAAAAUGAGUUCUUUGAUGUGCAAUCACAAAUACAGAAGUUAUCCAAUGAGAUUUCUGGGGCCAGUGGCCAGAUGGCAAGUCCAACAGUGGAUAAGUCUGAUAUAUCCCUGAGAAGAUUAGAUGAGUUGCAUGCUCAGCUCCAAGAACUUCAAAAUGAAAAGAGCAAGAGGUUGCACAAGGUUCUUGAAUUUGUAAGCACUGUGCAUGAUCUUUGUGCUGUUCUUGGGAUAGAUUUUUCCUCAACUGUUACUGAAGUUCACCCGAGUCUGAAUGACUCGACUGAUUUUCAAUCAAAAAGCAUAACUGAUGAUACACUGAUGAAUCUCGCAAAAACAGUCUUGGCUCUCAAGGAUGAUAAGGAGCAGAGGUUACAAAAGCUUAAAGCCUUAGCAGCUCAGCUAACUGAUCUUUGGAAUUUGAUGGAUACCCCUGAAGAGGAGAGGAGAUUGUUUGAUCAUGUUACUUGCAAAGUAUCAGCUUCAGUGAACGAAGUGAGCGUUCCUGGUGCUCUUGCUCUAGAUCUAAUUGAGCAGGCUGAAGUUGAAGUUGAAAGACUUGAUCAGCUAAAAGCUAGCAGGAUGAAGGAGAUAGCCUUUAAAAAGCAGGCUGUGCUCGAAGAAAUUUUUGCACGUGCUCACAUUGAGAUUAAUACUGAUGCUGCUCGAGAAAAAAUCAUGAUGAUGGUCGACUCUGGUAGUGUUGAACCUGUGGAGCUAUUGGCUGACAUGGAUAACCAGAUUACAAGAGCAAAAGAAGAGGCCCUGAGCAGAAAAGAAAUAUUGGAUAAGGUUGAGAAAUGGAUGUCUGCUUGCGAAGAAGAGAGCUGGCUUGAGGACUAUAAUCGGGAUGAGAAUAGGUACAGUGCGACCAGAGGUGCCCACUUGAACCUAAAGCGGGCUGAAAAGGCAAGGAUAUUUGUCAACAAAAUUCCAGCUCUUGUUGAUGCCCUGGUUAGUAAAACAAGGGCAUGGGAAGAACAACAUGGCACAUCAUUCACUUAUGAUGGUGUUCCCUUGCUUACCAUGCUAGAUGAGUAUAUGAUGCUGAGGCAUGAGAAAGAAGAAGAGAAAAGAAAGUUGAGGGAUCAAAAGAAGGUCCAUGAUCAGACAAGCAAAGAACAAGAAACGGCAGCCACACCAAGUCCAGCUCGGCAACUGGGUACAAAGAAGGUUGUGGGCCCACGAGCAAAUGAGAAUGCCUAUGUAGGUACGAGUAGCAGGAGGCUAUCUUUAAACUCUCAUCAGAAUAGUCCACGGUCAACAACUAAGGAGGGUGGUGUGAAGAGAGAAAUUGCACAGUCAGUUGCUCCUGUGAACUAUGUCGCCAUAUCAAAGGAAGACACAAUCUCUCAUAUUUCUACCUGCGAGUCUACUCCCAACAACACUGCUGUAAUCAUCAGUCAAUAAACAAGAGCUAGAGAGUAGGUGUGUGGGUGUAUAUUGCCGUUACAUCUGUAUCACUGUAUGAGAUCACCUGUAGUUCAGUUGCUGUAGUAGAUAAUAAUAACUGUGAAGUGACUCACUCACUUCAUAAAUAUAGGGAGGCUAUAAGAAGAAAGCAGCCUAUCUCUGUUGUCAUGCUUUUGUGAAGUCUGCUGCUAUUAAGUACCACUGUACAAUCCUCCAAUGGGUUUAAAAGAUCAAUUAAAAAUAAUGCCCGUUUUGGCGUUUAAUGUAGCCAUUAGUUUUUCAGUUUUUUAUUGUGUGAUUUAAUGCCCGUUUUGGCUUUUAAUAAAAGGUGUACUCUAUUCGAA